AUGUUCAGACGCCUCAACACGCUGUCCCUUUCCUCCAAUGGCAUCCCUGCAGCUGGGGUGUCAGCGUGCGAGCUCCUACAGCCAAUAUUGGGCCUUCAGCCUCGACACGAUAUCCCGUCGCUUAUCUCCCGACGUCGAUCUACCCGCCUAUUUUUACCGCCGAUCGACAAUAUGAAGCUGAGAGCCAUGUCGAACCCGCCGACAUCCACGACGUUGACCUAGAUCGUGGCCCUGAUCCGUCCAAGCACGACGUCAUCCUCAUGGAUACCAUGUGUGCCGCAGACCAAGCUGGAGGGGCUCUGGGUGUGUCUACAUCUCGAGCAUCGGAGGUUCUGAGACUAAACAAGCUGUUCAGGUCAGGUCAGGAUAGGCUGCAUUUGUGGGGGCCAUCGUAA